GCUCAGUCGUUGCUAGUCGAUCGACAGAACAGCAAGUUUGGUGCCUGAUCAGUUGUUUUUUUUUUCUCGCUGUAUCGCAACAAUCGUUAUCGCUUCGACAGACCAAACCCUGCAACGGUGGGCGUCCAAAAUGAAGUCUCCGAUGAUCGUCGUCGCUGUUCUCCUGCUCGGUGCAAUCCAUUCCAUAAGGGCUGUUAUCUACGAAAAGCGAUGUCUGACUUUUCAAGAAUCGUACAAUUUCGAUGAAAGCCGGUAUGCCGGCAAGUGGUACGAGAUCCGUCGCCUAUACGAUCCCGAUGAAGUCGAACUGGAGGACUGCGUGCAGGAGCAGUACACCCUAGCGGAGAAUAAGCUCGAUUUCGAGAUUUUGCGAGCGGUGCAGCAGGGCCCCACUGGGGAGGUGGUCUACUCGACGGGCAUCGCGACGCCCAAGGUGUUCCACAAUACCAAGGUGCCGCAGUUCAUUAUGCGUUACAACACAACGGACCCGGCCGAUCCAGACACAGCAAUGGACAUCGUUCAAACCGACUACCUCAACUAUGCCAUCGUGUAUUCCUGUAAUCCUAUCAAUUCGACAACGGUGGCAGAAUUUGCCUGGAUUAUCUCCCGUGAGCCGCUUCUCAAGAAGCAUACCGCCGAUUUGAUCAACAAAUUUGUCGAAGCCCACUUCAAACACCCGGAGCACAAGUGGCGCACCACCGAGCAGUCGGACAAGGUCUGCAAACCGAACAUUCUUCCGGCGGGCAGUGCAGCGGUGAGGAUGUCACUGUGGAGCAGUUUGAUGCAGUUUUCUGUUGCGUUGUUGGUGGUGAAAAUGCUAUCGUAAAAGUCUAGGGAUAUUUUGUAAUAGUGCUAAUGUAAAAAGUUGCUUGGAAUCUCAUUGUAAAUGUUGUUAUAAAAAUGGAUGAUUGAUUAAAAUUAGAAAAA